GCCUAUCCAGCUGGCAUAACUCUCGAACUAAAUCUGUUCUAGCGCCCAGGUUGUAUUGGCAGGGACUAAAUCUGUUCUAACGCCGACCCGCCAGGGGUUAAAUGGCGGCACGGCUACGACUAAGGUGCCACCAGAAAUCACCAGAAGCUUCAACCUAGCGAAAAGAUCAUGUCUCAUUUGCCCGUAGCGUUGUCGCUCGCUCCGGUGGAGCUGCGCGGGAGGUCCUCAGCAUCUCUUUCGCGUGGUCUGCGGAAACAAGGAACAAAUGGGACGAGUACAACCGGACGGAACACCGGAGCAGGAUUAUGCCUUGUUUGUGCUCUUGGUCGUGUCCUCUUCCACUUCUUGCGUUGGCCAACACGAACAACUUGGAUUGUGCACCUUCUGUUCUUGUUCUUGAAAAAAACUCCGGUACACCACGCCUUCGUACGCCACGACGAGACUGCUGUUACAACUACACGAGGAUCUAGUACCAGUCGUGAGGAGGACCGCGAUGUUGACAUCAAAGAGGAGGCUCUCGUGGUCCUUGCACCGAACCAAGAUCAACAAGUUCAAGAACUGGAUGGUACGGAAAUCAAGAACUUCGCGGGUGGUCAUCAUGCUCCGACGGUGGAUGCUAAGGAUCAUUCAAGAAGUAGACAACUCGGAUCAACAUCUUCUGGAUCGAGUUUCAUCCUAACGACAAUGGAAGUGAAACCGGCUGGCGCGGCGCCGGCGGGAGAUGAGCAGGACGAGCAAGGAGGUUUAUUUGAUGAGCUCUUGCGCCCAGCAGAUGAAGAUGUCCUCCAUCCUCAAGGCGGACUACAAGUGAAAGCAGAAAUCUCUACAGGUAAAAAUAAAAAGCCGGCGACGCAAACAAAUCUUCGCGGGCGUCGUAGUCAGCGCAGGGUUAGUAGUAGGGCGAAGGCGCCGGCGAAAAGCGCGGACAUGGCUGUUUCUGCAUCAUCUGGCUCGACGUCUGGUUCGACGAGGACGGAGCCUCCGUCUGCUGAUUUGGGAGCAAAGAGCGAAAAACAGGAAGAAGAAAUCUCUUCAUCUGGUGUUUUGUCCCUGCUGCCGAGCUGGAUGGUGAAUUUGCCAGACACCUUGCGUGACACGACAGAUAGCGUGCGGAAAACGACGGAUAGCGUGCGCAGAACGGCAAGAUUAUGGAUUGCAAAAACGUCUGGGUGUGGAAGAAUGCAACUUGUGAUGCUGCAUUUGGAUAUCUAAAAAAUUUGUGUUGCAUGAGCAGCAAGAGGAAUCUAAUUUUUGCUACGCGGAGAGGGCAUUUGUCAUGCGGAAUAGGCAUCAAGAAUCCCUCAAAAAACCUGUGAUGCUAGGGCAUGCGUCACAGAUCGAUCAUGGCUCAUGCAAACCGUGCAUGACAAGUCUCAGAAUCUUCCGGACCCAGCAGAUGACAUUUUUGCAUUUGAUAAA